AUGUCUACGGCCGAUUCAAACAAAAACCACCUCGUGGCUACCUGGCUGAGUGCGUGCGUCAAGCACAUAGAUAUUGCAACCCGGUCUUCGCUUCUCCGUUGGUGCUGAUCAGGUGUAGUUUACGGGCGCCGAGAGUCUAGUCGACGUUGCUCCAGCGCGCCGCAGCAGCACUUUCCGGCCUCGCGCGCGAGGGAGCGGCGACACCAUGUCCACUCCAUCGCCGCCGAUCACUCCGGUGUCCCCGCCUGCACCGGAGCCACCGAUUCCCACGCCGCCGCCGCCCACGCGCUCACCGCCGCCCACGAGCUCGCCGCCGCCGCCCACUCGCUCACCGCCGCCGCCCACGUCCUCGCCGCCGCCGCCGCCCGUGCCCUCGGAUCCGCCGCCGCCCAUUCCGUUGCCGCCCACGUCUGCGCCUACGCCGUCCCCUCGUCCUCCUCCACCGCCGCCGCCGCCCAUUCCGUUGCCGCCCACGCCUGUGCCUACGCCGUCCCCUCGUCGUCCUCCUCCGCCGCCGCCAGUGAAUUUCCCUCCGCCACCUCCACCUCCAAGCCCGACACCAUCCCCGCAGCCAGUUACGCCGUCCCCUCCUCCGCCAGUGACCGUGCCAACGCCAUCUCCUCCUCCGCCAGUGACCGUGCCAACGCCAUCUCCUCCUCCGCCGAUCACCGUGCCAACGCCAUCUCCUCCUCCGCCUGUACGUCUGUCGCCUCCUCCCAACAGGGUCCCAGCAUCACCGCCUCCUCCUAAUGGUGUCCCCCCAUCGUCACCAGUGCCUCUGCCGCCAUAUCAGUAUCUGGCUCCUCCUCCGCCGCCCCCGUCGCCAGAAGCGCCGUCAACACCGUCCUCCUCUCCGUCGUCAAAGACCAGCAUCGCUGUGGGCGUGGGAGUGGCCGUCGGGGCGGUGGUCCUACUCGGCCUCGCUGCCGGGCUAUUCUGCUUCUUUGUAGCACGGAAGAAGCGGCGCCGGUCACGGCCGCCAUCAGGCGAGUUCUACGACCCGCGGCGGCCGGUGACGCCGCCGCACCUGUCGCACGCGGUGUCGACGACACCCUCGUCGACGCCGCCGCUGAUGCACUCGUGGCAGAGCAGCCGCGGCCCGUCCGAGUCCCCGCUUCCGCCCCUGAACCCUUCGCCGCACAUGGCCACUGGCGGCACGUUCGCGUACGACGACCUGGCGGCGGCGUCGGACGGGUUCUCCGACGGGAACCUGCUCGGGCAGGGCGGGUUCGGGCACGUGUACCGCGGCACGGUGGGCGGGCAGGAGGUGGCCAUCAAGAAGCUGCGCGCCGGGAGCGGGCAGGGCGACCGCGAGUUCCGCGCCGAGGUGGAGAUCAUCAGCCGGGUGCACCACAAGAACCUCGUCUCCCUCGUCGGCUACUGCAUCCACGGCGAGCAGCGGCUGCUCGUCUACGAGUACGUCCCCAACAAGACCCUCGAGUUCCACCUGCACGGGAGCGGCAGGCCGACGCUGGACUGGCCGCGGCGGUGGAAGGUCGCCGUCGGCUCGGCGAAGGGCCUGGCCUAUCUGCACGAAGACUGCCAUCCCAAGAUUAUCCACCGUGACAUCAAGGCGGCCAAUAUCCUUCUGGAUUACAACUACGAGCCAAAGGUUGCAGAUUUUGGGCUGGCCAAAUACCAAGGAGCAGAAACAACCGCUAUUUCUACGCGCGUAAUGGGAACUUUUGGAUAUUUGGCGCCAGAAUAUGCUGCCACCGGCAAAGUUACUGACCGGUCUGACGUCUUCUCCUUCGGUGUAAUGCUUCUGGAACUGAUCACCGGGAGGAAACCUAUUAUGCAAUCCUCAGAUUAUCAGCCCGAGACAUUGGUUUCUUGGGCUAGGCCAUUGCUGACUAAAGCUGUCGAGGAGGAAAACUACGACGAGCUGAUCGAUCCGAAGCUGGAGACGGCCUACGACGCGUACGACAUGGCGCGCCUGGUCGCGUGUGCCGCGGCCGCCGUGCGCCAGACCGCGCGGUCUCGCCCGCGGAUGAGCCAGAUCGUCCGGUACCUGGAGGGCGAGCUGUCGCCGGAGGACCUGAACGCCGGCGUGAACCCGGGGAAGAGCGCGAUGCAGCGUUCGGGUGGUGGCACGACGGACCAGAUCAGCCGGCUCCGGAGGAUGGCGUUCGGGCCGGGCGCGGGUGCGGGCUCUGGGACCAUCACGGAGUACACGAGCAGCGAGUUCAGCGAGCCCACCAGCGAGUACGGGCAGAACCCGUCCAGCGAGUACACGGCCAGCAGCGCGGGCGAAACGGGGGAGAUGGCGGCGGGCGCGCAGGCGCAGCAGGGAACCCGCAGGCGCCAGGCCGGUGACACCGAGAGGAUGAGCCGGCGCACCACCAUCAGCAGGCAGGCCGGCCGUGACACCUGAACUUAUUCAUUGCACGUGUACCUGCGCGUGUCAAGGUUCUUCUACUCUGCCACAUGUGGGGUGGGGAUCGGUUUUUAUUUCUUGUUUCUUCCACAUUCGUUCUUUGGGUUUCGGAUUCGUGCAAUUCUUGGCAGGAUGGGAAUUUCAAGUUGUAAGUUGCAUGCAUGUGUAUUGCUACUCGAGGUAAAUAAAGGUCUAAAAUGUGAAUCGUUUCAAGUCACCGAAAA